AUGAUCAAUGCCAGUAACAUUAGUGCCACUACUUACAGCAGCAAGAAUACAGAAGUGGCAAGGCUAGCAGCAGUAAUGCUAACCGCAGCAGCAAUAGCAGGCAUCACAGAACAAGAGAAAUUAAAAGAAACUGCCGAAGCGAAACUCGCGAAGGAAGAAAUCGUAAAGAAAGACUCAAUACAAGAGAUUCUAGAAGAAGUAAAGAUCACAAAAGAACUUGCAAUGAAGGAUUUGGAAGAACAAAAGAUCACAAAAGAGAAAGUUGAAGAAAUUAUCACCAAAGAAGAAGUUUCUAAGAAAGCAUUUGAAGAAGUUCCAAAGAAGGAUGUUGGCGAAAAGAUCACAAAGGAAGAAGUUUCUAAGAAAGAAGCUGAAGAAAUUAUCACAAAGGAAGAAGCCACCGAAGGGGAAAUAGUUUCUGAGGAAGUCUUCAAAGAAAUCCUAAAGAAGGAAGAAAAGGUAGUUACAGAAUCCGUAGAAGAAGAGAUUACAAAGGAGGAAAUUUCCGUCUCAACGACAGUGGAAGAGGAGAUGAAGUUAUCAAAGAAGGAAGUUGUCGAGGAAGACAAGAUUUCAAAGAAGGAAAUCGUGGAAGAAGAGAAGAUUUCAAAGGAAGAAAUAUCCAUAAAGGAAGUUGUUGAAGAAGAGAGGAUUUCCAAGGAGGUUACAGAGGAAGAGAAAAUCUCUAAGGUCGAAAUUACCGAAGAAAAAGCUACAACGGAAGACAUAUUAUGGGCGCAAGAAAAAAUUUGCAAAAGAAAAGGAAGACAUUUCAGUGAAAAUGACUGUGGACGAAGAAAAGAUCACGAAAGAAGAAAAGGAGCUUCUUCAAAAGAGGAAGUGGCCAAGGAGGACACUGCCAAGGAAAAGGGUCUUGACAUUAAGGUUAAAGAAUUUCCCAAAACGGAAGAGGGGAAACCACUGAUAAAGGAAGAGAAGCCCUCAAAGGAAGAAAUGCCGGAAAAAGACAUUGCCUUGGAUGAGAAAGUGUCAAAAGAAGAUAUUCUAAAGAAAGAUACAGAAAGGAAAGAAAUUACAGAGCAAAUCUUUAAGAAGGAAGAAAUGUUUGAUGUCACUAAGGAAGUAAAGGUUGCUAAAGAGGAGGCAACAGAAAAAACUGUAACCGACUUUACCACAAGUGACAGUGAAGAAGAGGAGGGAACGCGAGGUGUGAAGCGAGACCAUUCCCCAUCAGAAAGUGUUGAGAGUAGCAUUAGUAGUGACAUCAGUGGUAAGCCUCCCCCUAGUGAUGAUGCUUUACAAAUUGAAGAAGAGAUUAUUAGUGACAAAUGCCAAGAGCGACAUUCUUCUAAAGACGUUUUAGGAAAAGACAUUCCAAAAGAUAUUUCAGAAGAAUACAAAGAAAAAGCUCCCAUAUCCCCAACGAGUGACGUAUCAAUCAGCACAAAGAGUGACGCCUUCAAAGAAGAAUAUAUGGAAAAGGUAACAAAGAUAAGUGACACUUCAAGCGUAAAGAGUGACAUAAGUGACAGGGAAAUUACAGAACUAAAAGUUUCAGUUGAUGUCACUAAAAAGCCAACUGACGAAUCCCUAGCAUCGUUGUCACCAAAGAGUGACAUCUCAGUCAGUGCAAAGAGCGAUACUAGUGCUAAAGUUCCUGAAGAAUCAACCACCGCCGAAUUAGAUGGUAAAGAUGAAGCCCCGGAAUCACCCAGGAGUGACAUUUCAGUCAGUGUCAAGGAUGAAAUAGCAAUGGAUAUGGAAAAAGUAAGUGAAAAGAGGAAAAGCAUUACAAAAGAUCUCGAAGCUCCAGAAACAGCAAAGGAGCCUACUGCACCGGCAGAAAAAGCCACUGAAAAAGUUCCUAUUUCUCCCACAAGUGAUCUUUCAGUCAGUGUAGCUAGUGAUAUUAGUGCCAGAGAACUUAUGAGCGACUUAACCUCUAAAAAAGGACACUAUGAAAAUAGACGUGACCAGCAAACCUACUGUUGA